AUGUAGUAAGACUAUUUAUAAUAAUAAAUAGACGUUCUUAACAAAGAUCCUGCUUUGAGGUUGCCUAAGGAUGUUAAUAUAUUAAUGAAAGGGACCAAGGAUAUUACAUUUUUUAAGAAUUAUAUAAACAAUGGUGAAAAAAGAGUACAUAUCCUUUGUUGUACUUACAUGAAACAUUAAGCAAAUAAUAUUGGGGAAGAAGUGGUAAAAAUAGGCGAAAUUAAUGAUAAACUAUUUAUUCUCCUCAAAGGGGAGGCAGGUUUAAUGGUUUUAUAGCCAAAAAUUACAAAGCAGUAGCAAGAUGAAUUUGAAACUGUAUUAAAAGAUUAAGAAAAUAAGGAAGGUGAUAAUAAAAGACUAGAUUAAAAUAAAGAGGCUCAAGGAAAUGAGGAAGUUGAACAGAGAUCUAAAUAAAUUACUAUGAAUGAAAUAUAAGAAAAAAGGGCAAGAAAUACCUCAUAAGUAGCAAAUGAAGAAGCAUAAAAUUAAAAGAAAGAAAAAAAUAAUUUAGAGUCUAGAAACAGCAUUACAACUUAAGAAAAUAAUUUAAAGUUUAGGUCCUUAGAAGGUAAAAAGUAAUAGCUAAAUGUAUAAGAUGCUAAUAAAUUAAAUAGUCUUUAAGUAACCAAGAGUUAAAUUUAAAUUACUUCUGAUUAAAAUAACAUAGUAUUUUAAGAACCUGUUAUGGAAUUAGUCCAAGUUAAGUUGUUAGAAAAAGGUGAUAUAUUUGGGGAAGUAUCUCUUGUUUAAAAUAGACCUUCUAUUUUUUCUGUAUGCUGCUUGACAGAGUGUCAAUUUGCCAUUUUAGAAAAAAAAGAAUUUGAUUUUAUUUUAGGUUAAUUAGAAGAGUAAAGAAUAUACAGAGAAAUGAGAUUUUUAGGGGGUCUUGAUUAUUUCAUGCAUUGGUCAGCUAAUUAAAUCAAAUAUUUAUAUGUUGCAUCUAAAACAGUUUCUUUUUAGAGGAAUCAAUUUGUAUUUUAAGAAGACGAUCCUGCAGAUUAUAUCUAUAUAGUAAAGUCUGGCAUGUUUGAAAAAGUAAAGAAUCUUAAUUUUGAAAUGGAAAAAGAUAUAUGCUUUUUAGAUCUUCAGGGUGCUUCAGAGCAGCUUAUAGAGAAGAUAAAUCUAAAGUAUAGGUUGUUUUACAUGUAAAAUGAUAAAAGAAAGCUAAGGUUAAGCACUAUUGAAGAAAAAGAAUUGUUUGGAGAAGAAGAUAUACUUAAUAAAUAGAAUAAACGAAGUUUUUCUGUUAUUUGUGUUUCUUAGUAAGGAGAUGUUGUUAUGAUUAAGAAAAGAGAUUUUUAUUAGAAAGUUCUUGAUUCAGAUCAAACUAAGAGGAUGGUUAAAUACAGAAAUAAAUAAAAGAAAAUCGUAAUGGAAGAAAACACUAAAAAAUAUAACUCUCUUAUUUAGGAAUAUAAACAAUACCUGAUGGAUAAUUGCUAAUAAAAUUUAAAGCAAGUAAAUCUACAAGAAUACCUUCAAACAAGUAACUAGGAAAUUAAAUAGUCUGGUAUAUCCGAGUUGCUUCCUUUAAAUUUAAAUACAAACUUAAUACACAGAUACAAGACGGGUCAAGAAUCUUAGUCUUUAGUAUAAUAAUAUCUCAACAACACUAGAUAUUAAAGAAUUAAUUUAAAAAGAAGAAUAUAUGAGAAGGUUAAUUCAGUAACAAAUGUAAAUGAGCAGUCUAAUCUAUUAAUGGAAUAUGUAAAUAAUUAUUAAUAUGCAGAACCCUAUGGGGUAGUUCAAAUUGAAUUUAAUAGGCAAAAACCUUAACCUAGAAAGGAAUUUUAAGAUAGAAUUAAAGAGUUAUAGGGUAAGUAAGAAAAGCUUAGAGUUGUUUUAAGAAAGUUGCAAAGAAAUGAGUCCCUUAAUUUUAUAGAGUAGAAUAAAAGCAAAACUCGUUCUAUUUCAAGUUCUAGCUCAAUUAACUCGAAGAUAAUACAUACACCAAUAUCAGAAAUAAGGAAGCAAAAUUCAACUUUACAUCUAAAUCCUAAUUAAGAUUAAUUCUCAAAAAACAAAUAAAAUUAAAUUGCUUCAAAGGAAAUUUAGAAAUCCAGUAAACUCUAAAGAAGUCUUUCAUAUAAUGAUAGUAAAGUAAAUCAAAAACAAUAAAGGAUGUCAGAAGAAAUAAAUAUUUUCAAACCAUAAAGUUAUUAGUGCAAAAUAAGGAAUUAUAGUAGUAUAAUUUAAAGUAAUAACUUCGAAUCUGAUGAAGAUAUCAGCCCUAAAAAGACCUUAGCCUCCGAAAGAGAUUCUAUAAGGUCUAGUGAUAUAGAUAAAUCGUUGAGAAAUACGAUAUCGAAUUUAAAAAAAUAAGACUCAAAAGAUAGUUUGGCUAAUUAAAAUGAAGUUCCAUCAGAUUUCAAAUAAUGUCUUCAUAAUAUAAUUAAAGUUUCAAAUAAUUAUGAAAAAAUUGCAACACAUAUGAAAGGAUUUCCUAUAAGAAUAAAAACUUCUCAUAAUUAAAGAGAUUAAGUGUACUAUAAAAAAUUGAACUCAAGUAUUUCAAACAGCUAUAAAAUUUAAAAUAACUUUAAACUCGAUAAAAAUAAUGUUCCAUUAAUUAAAGAUUUUAAUAAGAUAAAUUCUUGUUUAGGAAUUCAAGAUAAUUGA